AUGACUCAGCUGAGUACGACACCAUCACUUCCUUUUAAGUACAAUGUCACUGGGUUUCAUAGAGAAGACAACUCUUCUGGAUCUCCUAUUGAUGUCGAGGAGGUUUUCAGUGAACUUUCAAUGACUCUGAUUUUCAUUGGUAUGAUUCUUUCUCUGAUCAUAUCCACACUUGGGCUGGUGGGGAAUGGAAUUGUCAUCUGGCUUCUUAGCUUCCACAUUCAGAAGAAUCCCAUCACCACCUACAUCUUGAAUCUGGCUGCAGCAGAUUUUGGUGUUCUCAUUUCUAUGGUAUCUAUUAUUUUAUGUACAUUUUUCUGGCACACAGAUGCAUUUUUCACAUGGGUUUUGGCAUUGUCCAUAUGUUUUAUUUCCGCUUACACCUGUAGCCAGUAUCUACUGACAGCCAUCAGCAUUGAGAGGUGUCUGUCUGUUAUCUUCCCAAUCUGGUACCGAUGCCAUCGGCCAAACUUCCUGUCUGUUAUCAUUUGCACCUUGAUAUGGACCAUGUCUGCUCUGCUUGGUGGAACCUUUAUUUUAACAAUGUAUGUGGAUAUGUUCAGCAGAAUUCCCCAAAUCAUCAAUUUCAUCAACUUCAUAGUUUGUACUCCCAUUGUGAUCAGCUGUACUGUGAUUCUGUUUAUCCGAGUGUGCUGUAGCUUACAUCGACGUCGACGGGGAAAGUUCUACGUUGUCCUCUUGUUUGCACUGCUGUUCUACCUCAUCUUUGGUGUUCCACUCAGUGCUAUUAUCAGCUUGGUAUCAAUUGAGGCCACAAUUUCUAUAUAUGUGGCAAUAUCUAGUCUAAUAUGUGCCUUUGUCAACAGCAGCAUCAAUCCACUCAUUUACUUCCUAAUUGGGAGGAAAAAGGUGUGUCGAUCCAGAACACCCCUCAAAGUUGCACUCCAAAGAGUUUGCGAUGACAAAACUGAUUGCAGAGACAACGAGAAACCCCUCAGCCAUUCAAAUCAAAAGAUGAUUGCUUUAUUAAAUCUCACCUCCUGA